GGAAACUCAUUUUCUCCAAAACCCUCCCGGCUACUCCCUUCUCGUCUUUUUCUUGUAGUACCACAUCGCAAAACAAGAGAAAAAUCCGGACCUUGCGGCUUUCCCCCUUGCUCGGCUGCUAACCGGAUUCGCGUCUCAGGCUCGGGAUCCGGGCGUUCCGUGCGAUGGGCGGCGGCGGCGGCGCGGAGGAGGAGCUGACGGCGCAGGAGACGGCGCUCUACGACCGCCAGAUCCGCGUCUGGGGCGUCGAUGCCCAGAAGAGGCUAAGUAAGGCGCAUGUGCUUGUGUGCGGCGUCAACGGUACUACUAUUGAGUUCUGCAAGAACAUUGUUCUAGCAGGAGUUGGCAGUUUAUCAUUGAUGGACGAUCACAUGGUCACAGAGGAUGAUCUCAAUUCAAACUUCCUAAUUCCUCAUGAUGAGAGUGUGUAUGGUGGUAAAUCACGGGCAGAGGUUUGCUGCGAGUCCUUAAAAGAUUUCAAUCCAAUGGUCCGAGUUGCUGUUGCAAAAGGUAACCCAUCACUAAUUGAUGGAACAUUCAUUGACAUGUUCGACAUUAUUGUAGUCAGCUGCGCAUCUCUUAAAACAAAGUUGUUUAUUAAUGACAACUGCCGGAAGAGAAGCAAGCAUAUUGCCUUCUACUCUGUAGAGUGCAAGGAUUCUUGUGGUGAAAUAUUUGUUGAUCUGCAGGACCAUAGCUAUCUUCAGAAGAAGCCUGGAGGAGAACCUGAACAGCAGGAGUUGAAAUAUCCUAGUCUGCAGGAAGCUAUUUCUGUGCCCUGGAAGGAUCUGUCCAAAAGAACAACUAAAUUGUACUACGCAAUGAGAGUCUUGGAAAGUUAUGAAUCAUCUGAAGGGCGCGACCCUGGUGAGACAUCACUUUCUGAUCUGCCUGCAGUUUUGGCUCGGAGGAAGGAUAUGUGUGAUAGAAUGUCUGUGGACGAGUCUAAAAUUCCUACAUCUCUUCUGGAACGGCUUCUAGCAGCUGGGAAAAAGGAACAUCCUCCUGUAUGUGCAAUCCUUGGUGGCAUUCUUGGUCAGGAGGUGAUCAAAUCAAUAUCUUGCAAGGGCGAUCCGAUCAAGAAUUUCUUUUACUUCGACGAUGCUGAUGGUAAAGGGGCCAUGGAGGACAUCCCCCCAACUCCUGAAGACUAAAUCACGUGAUACCUAACUCUCAUCCGACAUGGCUUGCUGAUAAUUGUACCCAAUCAUUAGAGUCGAACAUGUGACAACUCUAGUUCAGUGGCUGAGGCUGGAAACUCAACUCAGCACUUUAGUGUUUUUAUUAUUGUACUUAGCGUUCGUUUUAGCGUUGGCAUCAUGCUAUGGCACCUGGGUACUGCGAUGAACAGAACUGACAUUCUCGUCCAAAGAAUUUCAAAGCUGAAGGCAGGCAUGCUAUUGAAUGAUGAAAUGAUUUGAUUUCUGCU